AUGUCUGCUCCUGUGUCCAAGGGUCUGGCUCGCGCGCUGCGCCGGGCAAAGAGACCUUCAAUCCCUCGAGCCCGGCAAGCACACUAUGCCCGAACCCUCCACGAGCCAAUGCGCCAGUUCUCCAGUACGCCCCGACAGCGAGAUGACACCAGCGAACCGAAGCACCAUGUCAAAUACACCACGGACAUGUAUCCCUCUCUCCAGCGCGAUGCCAAGUACUCCAAGAUCACGGCCGAUCACGUCGCGUUCUUCAAGUCGGUCCUGGGCGACGACGCAGCGGUCAUCGACGGCGUGACCAAGGAUGCCGCCGAUGAUAUCGAACCUUUCAACAGUGACUGGAUGAGGAAAUAUCGGGGUCACACAUCGUUGGUUCUCAAACCCAAGAGCACGGACGAAGUGAGCAAGGUGUUGAAAUACUGCAACGACCACAAACUCGCGGUGGUGCCACAAGGAGGAAACUCCGGGUUGGUGGGUGGGAGCGUGCCUGUAUUUGACGAGAUUGUCAUCUCUCUAGCCCGCAUGAACCAGAUCCGCAGUUUUGACGAUAUCAGUGGUAUCCUUGUGGUAGAUGCAGGAGUCAUUCUGGAAGUGGCCGACAAUUUCCUCGCCGAACACAAUCAUCUGUUUCCCCUGGAUCUUGGGGCGAAAGGAUCAUGUCAUAUUGGUGGCAAUGUCGCGACCAACGCCGGAGGGUUGAGAUUAUUACGGUACGGGUCGUUGCACGGAAAUGUUCUGGGCCUCGAAGCUGUGCUUGCAGACGGUACGAUAGUCGAUGAUCUGGGCACCUUGCGCAAGAACAACACGGGCUACGACUUGAAGCAACUCUUUAUCGGGGGAGAAGGAACCAUUGGCGUCAUCACCGGGGUGUCGGUAAUCUGCCCGCAACGAUCGAAAGCCGUCAAUGUGGCUUACUUUGGUCUCCCGUCUUACGAGCACGUGCAAAAGGCAUUCAAGGAAGCCAAGGUCCAGCUUGGCGAGAUUCUGUCGGCCUUUGAACUGAUGGACUCGCAGAGUCAGGGCUUUGUACAGAGAGUCACGGGCAACAAAAGACCACUGGAAGGCGAUCAUCCCUUCUACUGCUUGAUCGAAACCAGCGGGUCCAACACCGACCACGACAGCGAGAAACUGGAGAAAUUCCUCGAGUAUGUCUUAAGCGAAGAGAUCGUCUCGGACGGCGUUUUGGCUCAGGACGAGACUCAGGCCAAGUCGCUGUGGCGAUGGAGAGAAGGCAUCACCGAAGCCAUUGGCCAUUGGGGCGGCACCUACAAAUACGACCUCUCCAUCCCGAUCCAGGAUCUGUACAAGUUGGUGGAGGAAACGCGCGAGAGACUGACUUCGAAAGGCUUGAUUGGCGACGACGACUCUCACCCGGCCCUCGGAGUGGUCGGUUAUGGACAUAUGGGAGACGCCAACUUACAUCUCAAUGUUCCCGUGCGAAGAUACACCAAGGAAGUCGAAGAGGCCAUAGAACCGUGGGUGUACGAAUGGAUCCAAAAGAGAAACGGAAGUAUCAGCGCAGAGCACGGCUUGGGCAUUGCCAAGAAGAAAUACAUCGGCUACAGUCGCAGCGACACCAUGAUCAAGCUGAUGAAACAGAUCAAGAACCUAUACGACCCGAACGGCAUUAUGAACCCGUACAAAUAUAUAUAA